AUGUUCUAUAAACAAGCUUUACUCAUUGGUAAUGAUCAAUAUUCGGGUGAAAAUGCUAGUUUAAAAUCAUGUGUGUACGAUACCAAGACCAUGACUAAUUCAUUACGAUCUAUUGGUUUCCAUGCGACGCCUGCCAUAGACCUUCGUAACGACCAAAUGGAAUCGGUUGCAGAUCAAUUUACUGCCUCUAUACAAGAGGGUGCUAUCGUUCUUUUCUAUUUCUCUGGUCAUGGUGCUCAACUGAAUGGAAAGAACUUACUAUUGUCCAUAGAUUCCGACGGGCUUACUGGUCUUAAUGCUCAGGUUUUACUCCAAAAGAUGCAUGAAAGAAAGCCACGAGUGAUCAUUUUCGUACUGGAUUGUUGCCGUAGCCGUAUAGAAAUUCCGUAUACAUUGCUGAGAGGUGUACUGUUUGAUCAACGACCGAGAUUGAGGGAUGGUCUUGCGCCUAUGGGAGGACCACCAUCGACCAUCAUCGCUUUUUCCUGUGCAGCAGAUUCCACGUCGUUGGCAUCUUCGCCAGACCGUCCAAACAGCAUAUAUACACAUCAUCUACUUAAAUAUAUUACGACACCAAAUGUCGAUAUUGACAUUCUACUAAAAUAUACGGCUAUGGAUGUUCAACGAGACUCAUUGAACAAACAACUGCCAUUUAUUUAUUCAAAUUGUAAUGAAUCUAUUUGUCUCAAUAGUAAUCCAUGGCCUAUGAUGUCUGUUUGGCCCGGUGUCAAUCAAUUUAAUCCUUUAGCGGACUCAUUGAACAAACAACUGCCAUUUAUUUAUUCAAAUUGUAAUGAAUCUAUUUGUCUCAAUAGUAAUCCAUGGCCUAUGAUGUCUGUUUGGCCCGGUGUCAAUCAAUUUAAUCCUUUAGCGGUAAAAUCGAUUCAAUACCCAAAUUGGGAUCAGCAUGUCAAUUACACGGCCAGGCCUCAAACGGGAAUUCUUCCAUCGUAUUACGCUACAUAUUUCAGAUUGGGAAAUUAUCAGUAUCCAGUGUUUGGUAAUUCGUGGUAUGAUAUGAUGCGAUUUUCCUAUGCAUUUCCACGAUACUAA